AUGCUAAGUGACGAAGAUUACGCCAAAAAGCUGCAAGCCGAAGAGUACAAAGAAAUCAUAAUUCAAGACAAAACUAAAAGCAAAGAAGUAAAGAAUCCUUUAUCUCUAGAAACUAAUGAAAAUAACGCUAGUCCUCAGCUCAAUCAGCAAAAUUUUGUUCCUGCUGAUUAUGGCACCGCUCAGCGCAAUCCUCAAAAUUUGGCUCCAGCUGCUUCUGAUCCUACUCAGCUCAAUCAAAAUUUGGCUCCAGCUUCAAAUCGUGCUAAUUCUUAUGAUCCAGAUGCUAGUGAACAAAAUUCAAUACUCCUGCACCUAAAACAAUUAUUUUUUAAUUAUUUUUAA